CAUACAGAAAUCAUCAUCGUCAUCAUCUAUCCAACACAGCUCAGCAGAGGCCAGGCCUAACAAGUGCCAGCAGUUGCCAGCGCCGUCAGUCUGUAAUAGCUAUCGGGAGUGCAGCAGCAACACAGACAGCCCUCGAACGACCAAGUCGCGGAUCGGACCGAUAAUAUUAGUUAGUGUGUUGUAUUUAGGUAGCAAGUUCGGCCAUCAUCAUCGGCUGAAGUUAGUGAUAUAAAGAAGUUUUCGAACGUGCUUAAGCCUACUUCAUUGGAGUACCAGAGAUCUAGUCCCUUAAACGAUGACCAUUUUAACGAAACCCUUCGGGGAUGCCAAGAAACCGGAGAAGGUGGGAGUGCCGCUGGUUGGCGAAUCUGGAGUUCCGGUGGUUCCGACGGCCCCUUCCGAAGGAGUCCCUCAUGACGAUGGUUCGACUGCUUCGAGCAUCAUUCUGAUUCGCCGAGCCCGUCGAGUUUCCUCAGCCACCACCUACAUCCUGUUUUUGAUUGCCCUGCUGGUGACGUCGCUCGGAAUCAUCGCUGGAGUCUUCUAUUAUCGACAAUAUGCAUACGCUAGAAACCAUCUGCGAUUCCAUGGUUUCUGCCAGAUCCCUUACGAUUCGACCAGCCUGGAUGAUAACUAUAUGAACUCAAUGCUGCGAGAUGAUGAAACCUUCCGCAUGGGAAACUCGGUUCAACGUUUCGGCCAACUGGAAGAUCUCCUCAAACCCCUGCAGGAUCAAUUCGAGGAAGCCGAGAAGGAUUUGAGUGACCGAUUCUUCAAGGAAGAAUUUGAACUCGGCCUGUCGGAAGAUGAAAACUACUCCAAGAUCGAUGUGCCGGUAUUCCGCGGACAACGUCAGGGUCGCUUCCUGCACGAUUUCAAGUACAACCAGUCCGGCAUCAUCGACAAGGACAUGGGCCGGUGCUUCCUGACCGAGCUGGACCGGGAAACCGUUUUGCCACCCCAGUCGCUGCGUGAUUUGAUCGAGAAGAUGUCCCGAGGAUAUUAUAACAUCAACACCAACACUAUUCGCAAGAAUAUGCGGGUCAUUACGCCGGAACUGAAGGAUCUGAGCGAUGUUUCGCCCAGGAUUACCAAGGAGUGCGAGGACAUGAAAAUCUACCGGCUCGAGAAGAUCGUUUCGGGAGUAUACAAACGAUCGGUCGAUGCGCAGGAACACGAUGCCGGUAAUUUUGCCGAAUUCGGUGGCAACUACAUCUCGAUCAUCGCCAUCCAGAACCUGGACGAAGUUCCGAAAAAUUAGAUGGCCUCAGCUGAUUGGUAGGCGUGAUAGAGAUCUGCAGCAAAUCUAGCGGGAGGAUCGGAAUUGAUUCGACAGACAGACAAACUGGUGAGGGAUGCGCGUAGUCUCGAUUUCGGCACUGGAAACGCUGCGCCCGUGCCGUGUUUGGAUAUGCUGGGUGUUACACUUUACCAUAAAUUGCUACUAAAUGAAUAAAACCAAACUUGUUUCACCAAUAAUCGAAAAAUGAUAAAAAAAACAAACACUAUAGAUAAUAAGUAACGUUUGUACGGUAAGAUGGCAUUUGUUUGAGCAGUGUAGAAUCAUUAGGAAGAAGUAGAUUUCGUUUCUAAAAAGUAACAGCAGAGUGGUUUUUGUUCCACUUUCCCAUUUGAGAUGUUAAAUCCAUGAUUCUCAAAACUGUUUAACUCAGUUAAGACCAAAAGACACAUUAUGAUGAAUAUUUAAAAAUAUUUUGUUGAAAGUUUUGAUUUGUACAUUGUAAAUGAACAAAAAACACAUAAAUGGUUUUGAGAACUAAAAUAUCUAUUUUUUUUAUUACGAUUGUUAUUAAGUAGCUUUUGUGAAGCUUUCAACAGUUUUAAAUUUCCAAGCAAAUGCCACACUUUCACCUUUGAUGAAAUAAAAAAAAAUGUGAUACUGUAAAAACCCUAAUACAAUUAUCGAAUAAUCAUGUGUUUAUGAUUGGAACAAUAGCCACACAGAAAGGACGGCCUCUGACCAAUGCAACGGUCAAAUAGCUACCAGGAAAACAAAUCGAAUCGUUAUCGUUAAUCCUAAACUACCUAGGCAGAAAUAAUGUUUUACCGAACUUUGUGCACCGCUUCGAUUCAUGCCGUUCCUCCUUUUUAGAUGUUUUGAAACAGAAAUAGUAUUAUACAGAACCCAUAUAAUGUGCAACAAUGGAUCGAAUUAUUUUUUUUUUCAUUCACUUUGGCAAUUCAAAUAGUCUUGGCGAAAACUUUUAUCACGGUUAAAUUUGUUGAUUAACAUACCUAGAUGAAAAAAAAAUCAUUGCAGAUGGAUACUUGUAAUAAAUGUAAACACUUGAAUAAAUGAAACAACUUUAAAAACAAACAAUGAGCAUCUAAGUGGUUAUACGCAAACUAGUGAGACGACGAAAGAGACCCUUAAUGCCAUAAGAAAUAUUGCAAUUUUCAUUGGUAUAUUUGAAUAAAAAUUUAUUAGACAUA